CUACGGUGCGCGGUGGACCAUCGUCUGUGCGCUCCACCUCUCUGAUCUGUAAUUAACAGGAAGGCGAUCUAAGUAACCAAGUUGUAUUUUCUUGUUGGAUUCAAUUCACCUGUGACAAUUCUCCCUCAAAGCGGACUGCAAUUCGAAUCAAAUAACACUGAUUCGAAACAAUUACUGAAUCAUCGGGUGAAAUAGACAAACUUUUACGAUAUCUUGAGUGUCAAUAAGUGUUUAAGUGUUUGUUGUGUAGAUAUAAAGUGAGAAUCAAAUAUGUUCUUUGAGACGAAUAUACUGUAGAAAAGGUGAAAUAUAACUAUGAGAUAAAUGAAGCAGUGGGACAUUAGUGAACCAAUGAACCAAUGAUACAUUAGAACUAUAAUUGUACUCUGGAUUACACUCAAGGAUAGUCCCUCUCACUGUGUGCCAUCUGUCUAAUCUACCUGAGUGCUGAUGAUGCCUCCUACAAUAACCAAGUAAGAGAUGAGUCGAGAUGAGUUGAGAUGAGUGAGGUAGCUAACAAGACCUUCUUCCUUAACUCAAGUCUCCUCAGUUCACCAGUGGCCUGUCUCUCUCCUCCACUCCACUUAAGUGAACGCCAGUCUUGUGGGAGAUAACUUAUCAUCUGUACCAACGAGAUCUUCUCCUCUGCUACGGUUAUCUUAAUGGUAGAUGGAGCCAGGUAGGAACCACAGGUCAGCGAGGGAUUGAUUGGUAUAGAUGAGAAGCUUCUACCUAGCUACUACACAGCAUUUAUCACCUGUGGAAAAAAAAACAAUAAAAAAAACUAAAAAUCAUACUGAGAAAAUAUUAAUAUCUUUUAUAUGUAUCGGGUGUAAAUAAUGUUGUUGCAGAUACACCUAUUGACAUUACUUCUAAACGUAAUUAUCUACUACAGGUGAGACGCCCUUAAGGAACCUAUACCAUGGAGACCAACACGAGGAUCAUACUUAUCACUGAGGACUUGUUACCAAAUAUCAAGUUGGUUACGUAGAACAGUAACAUAAUAGUGAAUAGUGAGAAAAAGUUCGACGGUAACAAAUAAAUUAACUAGAAACUUUGUGUUAAGUUUUAUUUGGGUUUAUUUUUUAAAGAUCUGGAACUUGUGAUAUAAGAAAGAUGUCUGUUUGUAUGUCCUGAUCAAGUUAGUGUGGAGACUAGUGAGUGUGUGGAGUGUAGAGUAGUCAAGGGGGUAACUGGUAUUGUGUGGAGUUAUAUUGGGAUUUUAUGAGUAAACUUAAAAUAAGAAAUAGUCAAGGAAAAUGGUGAAGUGUCGAGCAUAAGUCUUUAAAAGUCUUAAAUAAAAGAGUCAAGAGUUAUCAUACACGAGAGAUACCCUAACAAAAGAGAAAUCUCAAGAGUGACAUAAACACAAAACCAAAUAGAAAAUUAUUGAUUACUGCAGCAGACAUCUUACGUUCCUGUAGUUCCAAUAUGGCGGAUCUGAGCAGUCACCAGAAUUCCAAUAUGGCGGCGGGGAGCAUUAGCAACACCACAGAAAAAGAUCAGGAACUAUCUGCUGGUGUAGUGGACGUGGGGCCUCUUACAGGGGGCCAAACGUUCCUUCUAGACCCCAGCAUCACCACCAGGGCCUAUCUGUGGCUCUCUACUACCAUCAAGAACGAAAGCUGGUGGGGUCCUUCUGACGACUACUCUCUCUCUCUCAACCUGACGGAGGAAUACUUCACCUCCGUCAACGUAACAAACGACGGCAUCUACGAGAACGACACUAACGUCACCACCGGCUACGUCCCCUACCCUCAACGACCCGAGACCUACAUCGUCCCAAUGCUCUUUGCCAUCAUCUUCAUCGUUGGGGUUAUUGGUAAUGGUGCCCUGAUUGUGAUCUUCGCGCGUAACAAGACACUACGCAACGUACCCAACACCUACAUCAUCUCCCUGGCGCUUGGUGACCUGCUGGUGCUCUUCUUCACCGUCCCCUUCGUCUCCACCAUCUACACCAUAGAGUCGUGGCCUUAUGGCGGCUUUGAGUGCAAGUUUAGCGAGUUCGUGAGGGACAUCUCGGUGGGGGUGACUGUGUUUACUCUGACGGCGCUCUCGGCUGAUCGCUAUAUGGCUAUUGUCUCUCCUGUUAAGAAGGCAGUGGGAGCAGCGAGAGGAGUAACAGUACGUACAGCUGUCAGCAUCUGGGUGGUGGCUGUUCUGCUGGCCACACCUUCUGCAGUGUUCUCCAGCGUGCGAGUCUUCAAAGUCUCUAAUGUCAAGUCCAUUAGUGUGUGUUAUCCCGUCCCUGAGAACUUCAUCGACUGGUAUAUGCCGGCUAGUAUCCUCACCAAGGCCCUUAUCUACUAUCUCCUGCCUCUGAUUGUCAUAGGGACAUUCUAUCUCCUGAUGGCUCGUCACCUCUUAGCCUCUGAUGUUCCCGGGGAGUCACACGUCUUCCACAAACAGAUUCGUACCCGUAGGAAGGUUGCUAAAGUCGUGCUGUGUUUUGUCAUGAUAUUUGCCGUAUGUUUCCUACCCACACACGUCUUUCUCUUGUGGUUUUACUUUGAUCCGGAAGGUUCCAAUAAUUACAAUGACUUCUGGCACGCUCUUAGAAUCGUCGGGUUUUGUCUCGGCUUCAUCAACUCUUGCAUCAAUCCCAUCGCUCUUUACUGCAUCUCGGGAACCUUCAGGAAACAGUACAACCGCUACUUGUUCUGUUGUUGUUGGGGAAGAAGUGGACACAGGAACAUCAAUUCGCUCCGUUCCGUACGUUCCAGUGGCUCUAGAUACAGGUGCUCAACUCUCCGCCCCUCAGAGACUAUCACCCUCACUACCCUCCUUCAUGAGAGGACCUGUGCCGUCUCCUCAUGACACACGAACGUCAGUCCACGACACCCGAGCCUGGACGACACAAUCACAUGCACCAGACUCGGCUCCUCCCACACGCUGUCAGACAACACCCAAGGUAUCAACAACGGCAUGGCUAUCUAUGAGGUCGUCCAGUUUUAAUAAUACAAGUGACACAGGUGGUAUGAAAGUCCCAGGCUGAGAGAUAGUGUCCCAGGCUGAGAGAUAGUGUCACAGACUGAGAGAUAGUGUCCCAGGCUGAGAGAUAGUGUCCCAGGCUGAGAGAUAGUGUCCCAGGCUGAGAGAUAGUGUCACAGACUGAGAGAUAGUGUCACAGACUGAGAUAUAGUGUCCCAGGCUGAGAGAUAGUGUCCCAGGCUGAGAGAUAGUGUCCCAGGCUGAGAGAUAGUGUCCCAGGCUGAGAGAUAGUGUCCCAGGCUGAGAGAUAGUGUCCCAGGCUGAGAGAUAGUGUCCCAGGCUGAGAGAUAGAGUCCCAGGCCUAUGACGUGAGGUGACCGAGGGGAUACAGGAGGACAAUUCUCUCCGUCAGUCAAGUCAGUCAGUCAGUCUGUCAGUCAGUCAGUCAGUCAGUUAGUCAGUUCACCAUACCGUUAAAAAAAAAGGUUGUACUAAUGACUGACUUUACAUAAGAACAUUAACAUAAAAUAUUAAAUUUGAUGAUAGAGUAACAUAGAAUUAUCCAACGUUUGUUUAUGUUUUAGAUAAUCGUGUUACUGAAACCAGACGAAGAUGACAGUCUAAAGUGGGUUAAUAAUCUGGUUAAUAAUUCAGUCCUCCUUUUCUGAUGACCCGUUUCUAGGAUUAUUUAUCACCUACAUAUGUCACCUUAAUUACUCUUGAUAAUUAUGACAUAUACCUGAAUGUUGAUGAUAAUUACUGGUGUUUAUGUACAUCUGUUGUAUCAUAAUUAUGGGUAUUUGUUGUUUAUUCGAGAUAUUUAAAGUAUAUGUCGUAGUAAUUAAAUAAUGUAUAUAUAUAUAACAAGAUGUUUUUGUUAGUCAGAGAAAAUUUGUUUAGUAAAUAAAUAAGUACAGCUGUUGUGUCUUUGUUUAUAAGGAAAAAAAAAAGCACAGGAGCUGUUUUUGUAGACUUGUGUAUUAAGGAACCAAAAAAAACAAUAAAAGUGUUCACAUUAAGUUUUUACUCACGGCUCGUUUAUGAAUGUUAAAGCACAAAUAUUUCCCUCACAUGUUUGUUUAAAUAUUAAUAACAUAUUGAAGGAGUUAUCUCAGGGGGGCUUAAAGACACCCUAUUGACGUCUCCUGUAAACAGAUAACCCCUUAAGAUGGUAACACACACCCUUUAGCCCCUUAACCCCUUAACCCUUAACCCCUUAACGAUACUCCUGCUUCUGUGAAUAUAGUAUAAACGGUUCACGUAUCAUAAAACAUUAUUCUUGGGUAUAAGGAAAGGGCUUAGACGUGAUAUAGAGAGUUAGAAUCUAUAUCAAGAUCUCCCUUAUAUAUCUUUGUCGUGUUUAGUGUUCACAUGACUUAAAUCCUUGACUUCUCCUGCACAAUGUCGCCCCCCCCCCCCCGAAAUCCACAAAUCCAGGACCAAUAUUCUAAAAAAAUAGUCUCAAAGUAGUUUAUCCUCGUUACCUCUAGCUAGUGACUGUAUACAAUCCGUUUACUUCAUCUUCUCCGUGUGGUUAGUUCCUCGUAAAUGUGGAUCCACUUCUUGGUAUCGUAAGUAACAAUAAGUAACAGUGAGGAUACUUAGAUACUUAAUUACUUACAAGCACUACAGGUUACAGGUACAAUGGUUCAAACUACGAAAAUCCUGACCUGGUUUUGAAGUUUCUUACGAUAUCAACUUCAUUGCCACAUUAAACUGGGGUAUAUAUUUUUUUUCUGUGUCUCAAGGCUUUUAUCUCUGGCGAUAAAUACACCGUCCGAUUAAUGUGUAGUUUUAUAAGACAACUGUAUAUGUGUGAUAGGAUUAUAUAUAUAUAUAUAUUUUUUUUUUUACGGGAAUUAGCUCACAAUCUUCCUAUAUUCCAAUUGUUAACUUUUUAUUCUUUCUGUUUUGAUUAGUGUUAUUUAUUUUCUGAUUUAUUAUUGAGUAUUUUUUAUCACCUAUUUUAUCCAUAUUUUACCUUUUUAUCUCCCUAUUUACAUCUUAAGUCAUACGCACAGUACAAUAUGCUUCUGAGAGAGAUUUGACCCAUUGUAAUAAUAUUCUACACGUAAAUAAUAUUACUCUACGAUCUUUAACUCAAAACCAAAAUAAUAACAAAGCAAAAAACAGUAGAGGGAUUUAACUCUCCCGUCUGUGGUAUUUACCCAACGUCGUGAAUUCUAAAUCAAAAUAUAGAUGACAACAUUGGAAAUUUUUAAGCCCUUACGGAGAGAUAAAAAGAUAGUUUAAAUAUCGUGAGUUUUUCUUUUAGUAUAAUUUCUGGGUCAUUAAAGCCGCCAAUUAACUUCGUGACGUCUGUUAAGUGAGGCAAUUACAUCACUUCUCAUCUAAUUACAAGAAAAGUAUUUUAUCGUGGGAAUCUGUUUUUUUAUAUUGGCUCUUCUCGUUUCCUGAUGUUUGUUUUUUUAUAUUGAGAGCCAUGUGUGUGUGUGUGUGUGUGUGUGUGUGUGUGUGUGUGUGUGUGUGUGUGUACAGUACUGAGGUAAUACUGGCACUUGUGUUUCAUUCUUGUGUCUUGUGUUUCAUUCAUCAGGUGUUGUGUUGUCUAUAAGAUCCUCACUACCUAUAAAUGCGAUUCAAUUAUCCAGCUUUAUGUGAGUGUUGUUGUGUCCAGAUAUUACUCUUUAGAAAAUGUUAAUAUUUCUUAUACAACUUUUACUUGCAUGUAAAGAUUAUAUACCUUUUGGAAAUAGUGUAUUUGUGUAAUAAUAAUAAUAUAUGUAUGUGUGUUUGUUUGUUUGUGUGUGUGUGUGUGUGUGUGCGU